AUGGAGGCAGUGUAUUGUUUCAUAUUGCUUUCUUUUGUUUUACACAUUGUCACCUGUAUUCCGGUAUCAGAAUUUUACCCUUUUGGCCGUGCGGUGCAUGACCAUAAUUUCCCAAAGAACGACGAUGGCAGUUCACCAAGGGUCAAUAUCAGUACCCUCUUCCCUUUCUUCAACAGCCAACACGACUCGCUUUACGUCAAUACAAACGGCGCAAUAUCCUUUCAACAAACAUUGAACCAAUUUACGCCAGCUCCCUUCCCACUCAACGAUCAUCGUAGCAUCGUGUCACCAUUUUGGGCAGACGUUGACAUACGGAAUGGCGGUACCGUGUGGUAUCGCGAGACAACAGCUUCCGAUAUCCUACAGCGAGCAACCAAUGAAAUCCGUCUGUAUUAUCCUGGCCAGCUUCACUUCCAUGCCAGUUGGGUAUUCAUAGCAACAUGGGACAACGUAGCGUUCUACGGGGCGUCGACAACCGGUAAAACCAAGAGAAACACUUUCCAGGCUGUUCUCAUUACAAACGGCCGUCACUCGUUCACAGUGUUAAACUACGCUAAAGUCACGUGGACCACGGGGACUGCCAGUAAUGGUAACAAGAAUACAGGACUGGGAGGAACUCCAGCCCAGGUUGGUUUUAACGGAGGUGAUGGCGUCAAUUUCUACGCAUUAGACGAAUCCCGAACGCCAUCUAUCGUCAAUCUUGCCCGCAUGUCUAACGUAAAAACGAAUGGUAAAUUCGUGUUCCGGAUUGAUACAGCUAAAAUAGAGAAUGGUGGAUGUAAUACCGGAGGUGCCCUGGUGGUGUAUCCCUUCCACGUCACCAUGUAUGGGAGCCAGGAGAUCACGCCAAACGAAGCCGGAGAGCCACGACUUACACUUGAGAAAACAUUGGCGUCUUCUGUACUAGUCAGAUCUGCCUCAGCCUCGUUUAUUUUGGACGUUGAAACAAAUGUUAUAAUUCUUAAGAUGACAGAAGUUGGAAAUAAUGUGACGUUACAUAACAGCGUCUGGUCAGACGCGUUUGUUGUAAAACCAAACAUGGAUACAAAUAAGGGACAGAAAGAAGCUAAAGACACGUGUCAAAGACAACUCAAUUCUGAUAUGAAGUUGCCUGCCUUGACAGACUUUCAUAUCCAGACAUGUCCAUGCAGGGCAGAGCAAAUUGAGAUCGACCUUGCGAGAUUCCAUCGAGAUCCACUUUGUAAAGAUAUAAAAUAUCUGGAUCAUUUAGAUUUUCGAACCUCCCGGAACUGUCAGCAGGCAGAGGCCCAACAGUGUUACCGACUCAACUCUCCAGGACCUAACGGAUCGGGUCGUCUGUGUUGUUACGAUUACCUGGGAAACCUUAUGGAUGCCAAGUCUGUGUCCGGGGGAGGCACUGCACACCGAUUCCACUACUUUGGGGGACCUGGCAGCGUCCCUUAUUUAUCUACUCUAGUAUUUGACACGUCACCUUACUUCCAUUGUUGUAAGUACAUACGGGAUACUGCAGGACUAGCUCUGUGUGCCCGGCUACUACAACAACGUCCACAGGGUGACUGUAAAAACUAUCAACCCAUAAGGCCAGGUAAGCAUGGCUGUCAUAGUACCAAGAACAAACAGGACAGCUUUUUGUAUUUAUCUAGACAUAAAUAUGCUCUAGCUCUUUUAACGGACAUUUAA